AUGAUUAUAUUUAAAAACAUUAAAGUGUUAUCGAUUAUAUUAAUUAUAUUAAUAAAGUAUGGAGCUGAAAGUGCAUGUGCAACAGGAUGUCGAAAAUGCAAAUUGCCACAGGUAACACCUUGUUCUAAUCCGAUAACGGCCAAAUUUCACAAAGGAAUUGUUAGCUAUCCAGACAUCUUUAAUAACUUUGAAUCUUCACGAAAUGUGCAAAUUACACCACAAACUACAGCUAAUAAAAUUUGCGGAAGAUGUAAACGUUGCAAAUCAGAAAUUCGUAUACCUGGUGCUAUACCAAUACCUGCAUAUAGUUCAAUCAGUUUACUAAAUAAAAGAAUUACUCCAGUAUCAAUAUCACAUACUACGCAAAAAUCUAUUAUUAAAACGUUGAACAGUAAAAUAUCGAAUCCUGCUACCAGAUUAUGCCGUAAAGUACAGCCGAUAAUAAAUCGCAAAACAGUAAAAAUACAACAAAAUAUCUCAACGUUAAAUAGUAAUAAAUUAAAUUCUACAAAUGUGUCGGUAUUCCCAUUUAUUGAUCACAAUUUUAAAAUUAAUAUACACAGUGCUGAAAGUCAUAAUAAUCAUCACCAAUCCUCAAAUCAUCAUUCCGUAGAUUUAUACCACCAAUCACAGUCAUCUAACCAUAAUAAUGCAAAAUCUAUUUACUCUAAAAAGAACACUGAACAUUCAAGUUUUAUUAUUGCUAAUAAAACUUCGUCCGAAAUCUUUAAACAAUCGAAUACAAAUACAUUAAUAACAAAUGUCGGAAUUUCAAAUAAUAUUGUUAAAAAUUCAGUGGCAGCGAAUGUUAAAAAUAGCAAUGAGAAGAAUAAUGAUAAAUCUGCUAGCAAGAUUAUUAGUCAAUCAAAUACAGAUGCCACAAAUAUUAAAAAUGCAAUUAGUGACUCAAAAAUAAAUCUAAAAAGUACUGACGCAAGAAUUACUGCAACAUUAAUUUCAAAUACUACUCAUAAAACUCAUCUUAAAACAGUACACAGUUUAAAAACGAAUUCUACUGUCAUAUCAUGCCACAUUGUGAAAAAACUACCAAUAUUAAAUCGCAAAUCUAUUCAAAUCCAUCUAAAUAGUCCAGCAUUUAACAGUAAUAAUCUUAAUUCUGCAAAUGUGACGGUACAGCCAUUUAGUAAUCAUUAUUUUAUGUAUAAUACUCACAAAACUGAAAGUCAUACUCAUCAUCAGCAUUCCUCAAGUCAUAAUACCCUACAUAUAAACACUCAAUUACCGUCAUCUAAAAACUCUUCCAAUAAUGAUGCAAAAUCUAUUUACUCGAAAAAGGACACGGAAAAUUCAAGAAACUUCAGUGCUAAGACUGACAGUAAUGCUGUUAAAAGUACAGUGGCAACAAAUGUUAAAAGUUCAACAAAAAAUCAGUCAAAAACUACAACAAUUUCAAAUACUACUCAUAAAACUAAUGUUACAACGUUACACAGUAGAUCAUAUAGUACUAGAAUUGAGAAAGCACAACCCACAAUAAAUCAAAAUACUAUAAUAAUCCAAGAAAACAAUACAUCAUUAAACAGUAACAAACUUAAUUCUUCAAAUGUGACGGUACAUCCAUUUAGUGAUCAUCAUUUUAUUUAUAAUACUCACAAUGCUGAAAGUCAUACUCAUCUUCAGCAUACCUCAAAUCAUCAUUACGUACAUUUUUACACUCAGUCAAAUUCAUCUAAGAACUCAACUAAUAAUGUUGCAAAAUCUAUCUACUCUAAAAAGGACACGAAAAAUUCAAGUCAUAAAACAUCUUCUAACGUCUUUACAAAAUCGUAUACAAAUACAAAUGUUGGAAUUUCGAAAACAGAAAAUAAAAGUACCGAGAAUGACCUAGAGAAAACUAAAGAAAAAUCUGCUACCAGAAUUAUUAGUAAAUCAGAUACAAAUGUUAAUUCCACAGAGAACACAAAUAUUAAAAACUACAACAACUUAGAUAAAACUACAGAGGCCCAGCUGUCUACAACAAUAAAUGACAAUAAAAAUAAUAAAGUUAAUUCUACUAGCAACACCUCAAGUCACACAAAUAUAAAUCGAAUAAAUUCUACCUUAGAAAAGGGAGCUAUAAAUAAAACUGAUACCAAUAAAGUUGUUAAAAGUACUGUGACAAUUAAUGAUAAAAAUUCAAUCCAAAACAUGGUCAUAUCUUCUUCAUCCAAGAUCACUAAUCAAUCAACUACAAAUGUUAAUUCCACAGAGACCACAAAUAUUAAAAAUUACAAUAAUGCUGUUAAAACUACAAAAGCAAACCAGCCGCCUCAAACAACAAAUGAUGAAAAUAAAGUAAAUUCUACACCCAAGACCUCAAGUCAUCCGAAUAUAAAUACAACCUCAGAAAAGCGAGCUACAAAUAAAAUUGACAAUAAUGUUAAAAGUACAGCGACAAUAAACGGUACAAAUUCAACCCAAAACAAGGUCAAUACUAAUCUUGACCCCAAGUUGAAUAGAGAAAAAUCGUCUACCAAGAUCACUAAUCAAUCAACUACAAAUCUAAAUUCCACAGACACCACAAAUAUUAAAAACUACAAUAAUGUUGUUAAAACAACAACAAAUGAUAAAAAUAAAGUAAAUUCUACUACCAAGACCUCAGACCAACCAAAAAUAAAUCGAAUGAAUACCGUCACUGAAAAGGAGCCUAAACAUAAAACGGACGAUAACGUUGUUAAAACUUCAGUAGCAACACAUAUUGAAAAUGCUACCCAAAAGGCCAAUACAAAGACUGAAGCCAAAACGAAUGAAGGGAAAUCUUCCACCACUAAUAUUAGUCAAACAAAUCUAAACCAUAUUGUCACCGAAAAGCCUACUAAAAAUAUAAAUCACAAUAAUGUCGUACAAACUACAACGGCUACGAAUAUUAAAAAUUCGAUUCAUUACACAACUACUGAAUUGCCAAUUCAAACUGAAAACCCAAUUCAAAAUAAUGCAAAUCCUAUAAAUAAUCCUGGAAAUUCUAAACCGAAAAAGAACAAUUUCGUAUGGGACAAUGAUGUUCCUCUAGCAAGAUAA